AUGGACGAGACUGCCCUGCUGGCGGCCUGCAAGCAGCACCACGGCUACCAGACGCCCCACCUGAACCAGACGCUCUACUGCAACUUCAAGGGCUUCGGCUCGCUGGCAUGUCUUGAGGCCUAUACCGGCCUGCGGGCGCUGUUCCUGGAGGGCAACGCCUUGGAGAGCACGGCGGGCCUGCCACCGCUACCGGAGCUGCGCUGCCUCUUCCUGCAGCAGAACCUGCUUCGCACGCUGACGCCCGGUAGCCUGGCGGCGCAGCCCCGCCUCACCUACCUCAACCUCAGCGGCAACCAGCUGCGGGGCCUGGAGGGGCUGGAGGGGUGCGGCGCGCUGUGCACGCUGCUUGCCGCCGACAACUGCCUGGCCGAGGCGGCCGCACUGGAUCCGCUGGUGGAGGGCUGCCCUGCCCUUGAAACGCUCGACCUCCAAAACAACAAGCUGGAAGGCGGCGAGGCUGUGCUGGCGGCCUGCGCCCGCCUGCCAGCCCUCAAGUGCCUCUACCUGAAGGGCAAUCCGCUGGUCAGCAGCAUGCGCAGCUACCGCAAGGCCACCAUCGCCGCCAUCCCCACCCUCACCUACCUCGACGACCGACCCGUGUUUGAGGUGGAGCGGCUGUCUGCAGAGGCCUGGUGCGCG